UUCGACACUUGUUGGUAUGAACUGGGAAUCAAAGGGAAUAGAAAAAAACAAAGAAAUAAAUAGAAAAGUAGAAAAAUACGGAUUUAAUCACACGUGCCGGAAUUGAUUCUUAAAAAUUGCAAAACAAAAAAAUUAAAAUGGAAAUGAUGGAAGGAGCUUCACUUUUAUCUCGACCAGCUGAUGAAUUUGGCAAUGACGGUUUAGUAGAGGAAAUGUGGGCAGUAAAGGCCAUGGAUCAUGCCGAAGUGUAUUUUAAUCUACUGACAAGUGUCCAUCCAUCUUGCAUUAAACUGACACCAUAUGAUGAUCAAAUAUAUCAAACAUUUCGUCAAGAUUUUCCAAACUUGAAGGUCGACGUUUUGACCGACGAUAUACUUAAAUCUCCGGAAGCGAAGCAUGAAUGGCGACAGUUCGCAGAUAAGUUCAACAAGUUGGAAGAUUAUUCCUAUGGCACCUUAAUGCGCUCCAGUUCUUCAGAAGAAUUUUCUCCCGACAACUCUAUUUUAGUUGUACGCAUUCAAUUCCUUGCUAUAGAAAUAGCAAGAAAUCGCGAAGGAUACAAUAAUGAAGUGCACCAAAAAUUUCGUCCAGCUCCAAAAUCUGCCACAAUACCAAGUGAAAAUAAAUUAUACCAAGAAGUUUCUAAAUAGAUUUUAUUAUCUAUUAAAUAUAAGAUUUUAAACAUAGAA